CGCACUGGCACCCACAUGUCAGCCUUUCUCUGUAUUAAAGGAUUUUAAUUGAAAGCUUCCGCCUUGUGCCAGCUUUUGUACAGGUAAUUGUUGAAGACUUGUGACUAAAAGGCCAUCUCACUCUGCAAUCAGAUGACAUCACAUGAAGGCUGGCAACCUUUCCAAAAAAGGAUUACUGAGGAAAAGUCUUGAGGGGAAAAAACUGAAGAAAAGCCUCCACCUGGAUGCCUCUUGUACUCUGACCUCACCUGGCUUAUCUCUUAGACAGAAAGGACUUUCACCAGCAACACACCUGGAGAGGCUGACAAUGCAACAGGGAGUGGACACAGGGACGGAUUAGCACCUAAGAAAAAGCAGGGAAAAGAUCAAAACAACUGCCUAAGAAGCAGCAAAAAACAAAGCUGCACAAUCAGGUCUACUCAGUAACUGCUGAACAAGCCUGAUCAUGUCAAGGAAGAGUAUGCCAGGUUGUGCAGGUAGACACCGCUUACUCUCCUGACAGAGACGUGUGUGCAUGUGUGGGAUUCAGCUCUGCUGUAUUUGCUCAAGAAGAUGACAUUAUGCUUUUAAGCUUCAACACUACCUGAGGAGUCACUGUCGAAUUGAGGAGCUACAAAAGGAUUCACUCAUAAAAAAGAAACACUUGAAACUACCGUAAGCGAGCUACCAAGAUGCCACUUAGAACAUCAUUGUACAGAAAGCCUUCCUCUGGUCGUUGGCCCAGCAGGAGGCGCAAAGAAGUGCUGUCUGUCAACAUGAUAAGCCUCCCUCUGGCUGAUUUCCGCCACAUCUCACACAUCGGCAAUGAUGCCCACACAGACAGCUUUGGAGACCUGUCCUUCCUAAAAAUGGGCCACAGCCUGCUUCUACAGAGCUCCCAGAGCGAGCAGAAUCUCUUCCUGGCCUGCUCUCCGCCACCAAAGCCCCCGCGUCUGAACUUGGACGAGGCAGAAGGUUCGGAGAGCCCAGACUGGAACGCGGGCCACCAGAAUAACACUUCGCAGAAGAGGAAGAAAUGUAGCUCGAUGCCACUCCUGGAUAGCGAGGAAGGAGAGGAAGAGAUGGAGAAAGAAGAUGGGUACCAGAGAGGGAAUAAUGCUUCCAGUCAGAGUCACAGGUUUGGAUGGGGCAGCCUGAGUUCAGACAAGGACGGAGACUCUACGGACACGAGUGACAUGGCAGCUGGGCAGCAAAAGGACGAGGACAGCGGCUUUUCUUUUAGCCUCGACCUUGGCCCUUCAAUCCUGGAUGAUGUUCUCCAGGUGAUGGACAAACUUCACAAGUAAAGGAGGUUUUGCCUUACAGAAAAGAAGAGAAAUGGAUGGACAAAGCAAUAUCCUUAUAUCUUCCAUAAGUGGGGCUUGACUUUGUGAACCCUGGAGACAGAUCUUUUAUGGAGAACAAUGAACAGACUGAUGAUAAAAUCUGCCUUUUUCCAGAAAAAUGUGAUUUUUUUGUUUCUAAAACAGCAUUUGUGUAAUAACGGCUGGUGGUUGGCUGAUGGUUCUCCUUGAAGGAAACCUGCACAGAGGUGAAAACAAGGUCAAAGUUAAUAAUUGAUCUCUGUCUAAUCUUAAAGCUGAACAUUUUAACUGACUUAACUUUCGUCUUUUGCUAUUGUAAUCCUUAAAACCACACAGCACAGCACUGGAAACGGCUGUAAAGACUUAAGAGUGUUGUGUUUAAGUAAAGAAAAGCUGCGGCUGGAAUCCAAGGUCCUUGAGCUGCAAUGUCUUGGCUCUUGGCGUGCCUGCCAAUCUAUUGUGUGCACAGGGCAAUUUCUUCUCCGCACGCAUCCCAGAGGCCCCACUCUAAGGUAGACCAAGGUACCCCCAAUCUCUCAUUCCCAACAAUGCAGUGAAAACAAACACUUAGCUCUGCUUCCAAUAAAAAGCCAGCCAGUAGUGGCAGGUUGGGCUGCGGACCAAGCCAGGCCACAGGUCCAAGACCUCAGAGGGGGAAAAAAAAAAGAAGCAAGAGCGGGCUGUUUUCUUAGCUGCAAAUCAGAGUCCGAUGCUCUGGUGAGUGGCGCACGAGAAGGAAUAGUGGUAAAAGGAAACGUGAUACUUCCACAUAUGCAGGGGGUGUCGAGGGAGGAGGACCAGAAACAUCCAUUACUGCAGCAAAAAGUCCUGAUGAGGGUUUAAACACUACCUUCUGACCAAACAGACCCCCAACACGAGAAAAAUACAUGCAUGCGUCUCACGUACGCUGUCACAUGUGCAUUUACAUUUAAGCACGCAUGGAGAUUUUUGCAGACAAUCUUCCCUCAAGUCUCGAGAGGAUGGAUUCUCAGUCUGUGCCUUAGCAGGGGGGCAAACACAGAAUCAGUCAAAUUCCUAAGUUUCCUAUGGGUAAUGCUGCAGAAUAUACGAACCACAAGUGUCCUGCUUCUAGCAACACAUUUAGAUUCUAUUCCAUCCAAACAGGAACAGCUAUGUUUGUGGUUUGUCUGCGCUUUAUUUCUGUUUUGCCAUCUCCCGUUUUAAACAUGAUAUCAGUGCUUUUUUUCUUAAAUAUAAUGUGACAAUAACAGUGAAACAUUUCAUGUCUUUAAAAAAGUGUGUUGGCGAAGUAAGAAAAUAUCUUAAAAAUUCAAAAAUUAGUGGUUUUGUGGUUCAUGUAAACAUUUGAAGGUAGAUCCUAUGAGAUUGUUCCUGAUGGACAGACAUUUAUUUGGCUUUUUAACCGUAAGCAGCCACUGCAGAGGCAUUGAGCCUCAUCUAUCACCAACAGCUGACUGUUUCAGGUAAGCAAUAGCCUUGAACUACCCAACACAACAAGCAGCAAAAUAUUUUGAGCAGUACUGAUACUGAUUAUUAGUCUUUUGUGCAACUGACAGAUUUUUGGAAACAAUGUGCAAUUUUUAUUACAUACAAAAUGUACUUAAUGUGGCAAAUGUACAUACACUCACUAUGUCAGUGGCACCCAAGCUUAAGUGUUGAUUGGCUAAUUCUGAUGUGACACCUAGCCAAUCAGAUUGUGUUGUAUAGGACAAUUGCUGAGACUGUUGAGAGUGAAAAUAAAGCCAGAGGAGAAGACAUAGUUUGCAGUGGAACCAAAGUAGUGCACUUUUAGAUUAAUUCACUGUAUCAAUUAUCGAUAAAAUAAAAUGCAACUAGGGAUAAUUGGCCAAAUAUCUGCCUUGAUAAUCAGUCAGGCUGAUUAUUUGUCUACCCCUUCAUCUAAAUGAAACAGGCAGGUUGGACUGAUUUUUGUGUGUUUGUGUCUGUUUUUUCCAUUGGAGAAUUAUUGUACAGGAUCUUUAAGCUUUUACUGAUGUUUGGCAUGUUCUGCUGAAGCAUAUCACAAGAGCAACAUCUGAUUGCAAUACGUUGUGUCUAAUAUAUCAGAAACUUUUAUAAAUGUAACUUUUUAACACCUUACUGCAGUGACUCUUCAUGAUCAAAGUGUCAUUUAUUCACAAGCAAACAGAGUCAAGUCUGAAUUUUAUGCAAAAACGGUUUACACAUUUCUAAACACUCAUCCUCACUUGUUAUAUGCUUCAAACAUGUACAUUUUCUACUGCAGACAAGCCCUUGGCUGCUAUGACUCUACUCUCAGUGCAAAGAAGCACAUAAACUGAAUCUCAACAAGUGUCUGCCACAUGACUGAUGUAAGAAGAAAGAGGCUGUAAUUGAAGACAAAUUAUCUUGUCUGCGCUGCACAAACUGUCCGAGCUGUGAAGUUUCCCGAUCCCAUCUGGUACUACUUCUCUCCUUUCAAAUAUCCAAACUUGCUGUCAUGGAGAAUAACAAAAAAUCUUGUCAUGUCAAUGACUGGAGUUGAUCUUAAUGAGAUAUUUAUUGUCAGGUACUAAAAUUACUGUUUUCACUGUUGUAAUAAAAUAAAAUGCUUUACAAUAUAGUGCAUGAUUUUACAUGACAACUUAAAACUCACUAGAGCUAUCCAUAACCAUGAAGAAACAUGAAGAAAUGGGUGUAUCUGAGCAUAACUUAGUGAUAUUCUGCCCACACUACUCUCACACAAAGAGACUGAUUUAGUGUUUAAUCUGAGAGUGAUAAAACAUGUUUGCAUUUAAAGCCAAUAUAAAUCACUGUGCCUUCUUCAUAAAGAGUUUGGUCCUUUGUUCUAUGGGUUCAAUAAAAGUCCCAUUUCACACAGGUGUCAACAGGCCUGGGAGAUCUGGCCUAAAAUUU